UUUUCAUUGCUUGCCAACUUCUCCGUUGAGCGGUGAAGCAGGUAACGCGAGUGGCGAUCACGGACUUACUACUCGAGGCUCUACUUUUAAAUUUACAGCUCCAAAAUCCCUGGAAAUGUUCAAUAGUAUGAACAGAGACUUUGAAGAAGAUCCAUUCUUCUCGGAUCAUUUUCGUGCUCACAGGGAGCAUAUGCGCCAGAUGAUGCGUAGCUUUUCUGAGCCCAUGGGCGCUCCUUUAAUGCCCAGCAUAACAGAUGGGAGAAACCGAGGCCGUGAUGUGGCGGACCAUCUUAAUUCACCCCUUGCACUGAGAAACGAGCACAGGGAUAUGAGCCGGUCAUUGUUGCCCUUUGGCACUUUUGGCAAUACGGACAUGAUGUCUAACCCUUUUGGGAUGUUUGACAACAUGAGGGCCAACAUGAGAAACAGGACGGAUGACACGCAAAGAAACUCUGAGAACGCUCACUCUUUCAGCUCUUCAUCAGUAAUGACGUAUUCAAAAGUUGGAAAUGAGCCUCCAAAGGUCUUCCAAGCAAGCUCUUCAACUCGCCGUGGCCCUGGAGGGAUCAAGGAGACCCGCCAAGCAGUAAAAGACUCUGAGAGUGGUGAGGAGAAGAUGAGUAUUGGUCACUACAUCCAGGACAAGGGGCGUCUUGUUGAGAAGAAAUUCAACAAGAAAACGGGACAGAAGGAGUUAAGCCAGGACUUUCAAAAUAUGGAUGAAUCUGAAGCGCAGUCUUUCGAUGAUGAGUGGCAGCAGGAGGUGUCCAAGUUUCAAUCAUCAGCCCCCCUGUCUAGCCUGAGAGAACCUCCACCCCGAGCUGCUCACCGAGCCGCCCUCACGGGUCCCGAACACUCCCCCAGAGACCAACAAAAGAGCAAGACCGGAGGUAAAGACAAACCCGAAAGCUCAGCCAAGACGAAACAGUAGAAGCACCAGUCUAUGUUUUCAUUAAAGUCUCUCAAGCCUCUCACAGCCAUCGUGGUGCCUCUCCCUAACUCCCCACUCAAACAUACACCACAGUGACAUUUGGCCUGAGUUUCUAAUAGUCUGAUUGUAAAUGAGGUUUUAUAUAUUUUGCCCAACUGCAUGAACACAUUUAUGCUAUAAAACAAGGACAAAACUAAAGAGCUAUAACAAGUUAAUGUUUUAUACUUCAGCCACUAUAAUUUGAGUGCUGAUGAGGAAAAUCUAGUUCACUGUGUUUUUGUAAUUUAUGUAAAUUUAUAGAACAUACAAAAUUAGAAAUAUGUUAUUAUACCACUACACAAUUACCUUGAGUAGUUUCGGGUUCCUAUUUUCUCUUAAUGAAAAUUAUUGAUUGAAAAUGAUAUUGAUGCAAGAUUUGUUUAAAAUGUUCAAAUAAAUCUGAUGCCGAGAAAAGGCUCAUUAAUAGCAUUAAUGGAUGUCGACAUUAGUAUUUAACUGUCUCAAGUUCAACACACAGAAGGUUAAUCUGGUUCUCAUCCUCUUUAUCAUUAUGUACUUAUGACACAAUUACAAGUCGUGUGAAAUCCACGUAGAUAAUAUCCACAUUUUCAAUUUGUAAUUAUGUCUGUUACCUAAUGUUCUAGCUCUUUGUACUUUAUCUGCUGUAAUCUUUGUAAAAAGAAAUGCUUUUACCCAUCCCUUUUUAUAUUACUUUAUAGUCUCUUUUUUUUUUUUUUCACCUGAACUCUGUGCCGCAGAGCACAAACUCUAAGCAACACAUGGAUAAUUUUCAAUGAAUAAAGAUUUAUUCUUGUAUAUUUUUACACCUAUUAAAAGUAAACUGUGUCAGCAUGG